AUGAAUCCUAAUUUCAAGUGGUGUGGUAAUCCCGAAGAGUUAAAGACGUUAAAGGAUGAGGACAAAUUGGUGGAUUUGAACGAGUGGAGUCUCGUUAGUAGACAAGAAAUGGAGAAGUACACGGCCACCACUUUUAUGGAGAAGGCUCGUUUCUACUGGUCCAGCGCAGAAGAUGCACCAAGACGUCUAUGGCUCGGACGGAAAGGGGUAUACUCAACGAACAAACCCCAAUCACCGAAC